AUGUUCGGAACUAUUCAGCGGACAUGGUUGUCUACCUUGGCGGCGACAAGCCUCUUCCUUGCAUCGAUAACAUCCGCCGAUGUCCAGCCCCGGCAAGGUGACAUACCCGUCAACGACUGGAUCACCAUCGACUCCAGCGGCCGCGCCCGAACCAUCACGCCCUCCGUCGUUACCAGCAACGGUGCACUCACAACCAUCAGCCCGCCGCCGUACUCGUUGACCGGGUCGGUCUACACCGUCACCGCGACCGGCGGCGGACUUACGACUAGCACCGGCGCGCCACCGCCGCCGAAGGCCAGCAACGCGCGUGGUUACGGUGGUGCUUUCCCGGUCUGCAACAACAGAGUGGGCAAUGACUCGCCGUUCUGUUUCCCGCGACGGGGUAACACUCUGCACGUGGAGUCGACGUACUACAUUACUUGGGACACCACCUUUUUCGCAGACCCCGCCACGCCCAUUGUUAUUAUCGGCUUCGACGUUGACAACGGCGUCACCGACAGCGCACCCGCCUUCUCUGUGACGAACCUCAACGGCGGCGAUGGCUGGCUUCCCUGGACCCCGCGCGUCAAAGACCUCGAGGGGCGGAAAUCCAACAACAUGACCAUCUUCCUCGUCUACAGCGACCCCUUGACAGGCAGGGAGAUGAACAAAACCGGGCCCGUCUUCACGCUACAAGCUGCACUUGGUACCGAAGCAUUCAGCACGAGGCCCGACCUCCUCCCCAUUCUCCUCCCCGUCAUCUUGAUCUCCCUCGCCAUCGCCACCGUCAUGCUGUGGCUCUACAUCAGACGUCACAGGCGCCACGCCGCCGCCGCUGCCGCCGCAGAACAUCGCAAUGCCACCUACGUCCCGGGCCAUACCCGCGGCAUGUAUGGGCAAAAGGGUAGCGCGGAUAUCAUGCUAGGGCCGACAAGCCCGCCGCUAGGCGAGCCUCCAGGGAGGAAUGUUUUUCAGGACGAGCUCCGUAGACAGGAACGCGAGAGGAAAUGA